AACGAAUACAAAAUUAACCUUAUUUUUUUCUAUAUUUUUCCCCGUUGCAUUCACGUUUUAUAUUUUACUGAUUAGUUCCUCGAGUAAUGACAUCGUGAAUGAAAAUAUUACCAAAUAUGAAACAAUUAACCUUAAGUCGAGCUGGAAGAACCUUGUCGAAAAAAUCAAUUUUCGACGGGAAGAAAUGGUUAAAGAACACGUUAACUUUCAGAGCAACGUAUUUAUGCCAGAAAUAAAGGUUGGUUUUGCACCGAAUACGACAGUUGGUAUACAGAAGCUCAUGAAAAGCGCAUUGGGAAAGUUAACCUUAGCAGAAGAUAAGAUUAUCGGCUUCGAAAAUUGUGAUAUUUUGCGUAUUCAAGCCUAUACGCAGCACUACAUUGCAAGUGUUUGCUUCCACAAUAUUGACGAAUCGAAGAGUGGCUUACCGCUGCAGUUAAACUUUGCGAUAAUAAUGGCAUCGGAAUUCCGAAACUAUGAAAAAACAUGGCUUGGAGAUAACUGGAAAUUGGGCCUUUCAUAUAAUCGUAAUAGUUUUGAUGAAAGGGAAGCACACGACGAUGGAACCACGGGAUACGUACGUGAGGGCUUUGUCCCUCUGCAGUACUAUAUUAGCUCUGAAUACUUAAAAAUCGCUUCCGUUGACGCGAAAUUACCAGAGGUAUCUUUGCGACGCUUCGAUGCUGCUGGAAAUGGAUUGAACAUACUUGGUAAAGUGGACACGUCGGCUAUCUUGCUGUUUCUUCUUGGAUUCAUAUAUCCUGUUACAAUGCUUACCAAGCAAAUAGUAGAGGAGCGCGAGCUUGGCCAAAUUUUCCUUCAGAAAGGUACCAAUUUGCGAAAGACAUUGAGAAUUGCAUCUUGGUACUUCAGUGGCCUCUGUCAGUUCCUAGUGACUUCAGUUCUUAUAACUGUUAUGCUUAAGAUUGAGUGGAAUGGAACAUCUACGAGCUUGAGUAAAUGCCCUUGGUAUAUAAUGCUCCUGUUCAUAUCAUCAUACAUGUUCGCUGCUGUUGGCUUUGCCAUUUUAAUGUCCGCCAUACUCCACAACACAAAAUUCGCUCUUGCCUUGGUGCCAGUAUGUUGGAUUGUAGUGCCGCUGCCGUUUUUGUCGGCAAAAACGCUGGAGUUAGACAAUUUAUAUCUAACUUCAAUACUUCUAUGCAAUGUGACUAUGAUUCAAGGCUUACAGAAGAUGAUUUACUUCGAGGGAUAUCCCGCAAUAUUGGGCGCUAGACAAUAUCUCUUCUCCACAGUCACCGGCAGUGAUAUUGAGCUUUUAACAGUUAUCGGAUGUUUCUAUUUUCAGGCAUUUUCUUAUGUGUUACUGGCUCUAUUCGUGGAUGAUUAUACUUUUGGUUGGUUAAUUCAUUUGCCUAAGUAUCGAAUUCAGGACAAGUUUUGGAUUAAUUUCAAGAAGCCAGCUAAACUCAAAAAGACAAAAGCUCAAGAAGUUUUUAAUUUGCUAGCUGUAAAAUCAAGAUUAUUUAUUAAAAGCCAUCAAGUUGAUAGCGAGCAGAAAAGUGACCCCGAACCAGAGAUGAUCCAGCAGACGGAAAAUAUUGAUGAACUAAUCUACGGAGUUUCGGAAUUGGAAAAUAGAUCCGAUGCGACCAUUGAGUUUCGAAACGUAUGGAAAAAGUUAUCUGAGAAAUUUGUGGUGAAAAACUUCUCACUCAAAGUCUAUCAAGGCGAAGUGGUAGCGCUACUGGGCCAUAAUGAGUCGGGAAAAUACACAAUUAUUAACAUGGCCUCCGGAUUGCUAUUGCCUUCUUCUGGCAAAAUCUUUAUGUGUGACCAGGACAUAGCAAAAUUUCCAAACUUAAAACACGUUGGCCAUGCCAUCCACCGUAUAGAAACCCAUACAGUGUUCAGCGUGCUCGAGCAUCUUAUGUUUUUCUGUAGGCUGCGGGGCCUGAAACACAAUGAAGCAAAAGAAGAAACAUUAUUAUAUCUGCGUUCCAUGAAAAUGGAGGAUCUAGAAACAACUCCAGUCAGGCUACUUACCAGCGGCCAGAAACGUAUAUUGCAUACAUUGUCUUCCUUUGCCGGAAGAACACGAAUUGUGCUGCUCGACAAUCCACUUGAAGGAGUGGAUGAAGAUAAGACAAAGUUGUUCUUACAUUUUUUUCAAGAGCUGAAGAAGAAUCGUACAGUUUUACUGACAACCAACAGCCCAACUGUGGCUAGAAAUCUUGCCGAUCGCAUAGCAAUUUUGUCGAAUGGUAGACUGCGUUACUGCGGAACAGAAAACAUGUUUUUGAAGAAGUUCAAGGAUGGUUAUCGCUUGGUUUUUUUCGCUAAAGAGCAAUGCGAUAUUGGUAAAUUGGUUAUGUUUUUAGAAUAUUACGUUCCUGGUAUUCAACUGGAAUCACAGUUGGGCGAUUGUACAACUUUCGUUAUAAUGUAUACCAGAUUAUCUGAACUAACUAGUUUGCUGGAUGAAUUGCAAAAACGUAAAGGGGAUUUGAAUAUAAACAGCUUUUAUCUUAAGGAUUACACUUUUGAUGACAUUUUCUACAAUGUUCUGCAAACUGAACAAAUGGAAAACGCUGCUGCGAACAUUGAAGAGUUUCAUGAAUUGAUUUAUAGAAUACGAGAAGACAGACAGUCCCGUUUGGAACUCAGUAAAAAACAGAUCAAUCCAUUGUGGUGCAAGCACACUUGGAUUGUUUUACACAAGUGUCUAAUCAGAGACAUUCGAUUCUACAGUCUGCCAAUGCUGCAAAUAUUUCUGCCAACGCUGAUGGCCAUCUGGGCAUUGAGUAUUCCGUAUCUGCGCCACAAUACCGAAAUUAAACCCUUCCCCGUUAGCCGCUUCGGUAGAGCCACUACUCUAGUGCAAGUAAAAGCUACAAGUUGGCCACUAACAACCGCAGGCAAUAAAUACGCAAGCGAAGGCGCCACAAAAUUAGAAACGGACAAGGAUAUUACGGAAUAUAUGCGCAACUCUUGUGCAGACCAAUACAUGCUAACCGAUAUGAAGUUUAUUGCUGCAGCCAUAUUUCAUGACGACCAAGUUGAGGCUCUGUUCAACAACAAAUGGCUUCACACUGCUCCGAACAGUCUGGCUCUAGUUAUGAAUGUGCUGGCCUUCGCUCUUGUGGAUUCCGAUUCAAGGAUUUAUGUGGAAAUGGAGCCAUUACCUUAUACUACGACUCAUGCUGUGCAGCUGGAUUAUGGCAUCGAAAGCAAUACUCUAAUAUUUAAUAUUACUCUAUGCUUCUGUUUCGGCUUUGUCUGGACCCUGCCUUUGUUAUUUUUUACAAUGUGGCGUGGCAGUCGCUACGGGCAUAUUGAGUUGAUUGCCGGAAUGCCGAUCUGCAGACUAGGCAUGGCCUCUUUUAUAUAUGAGGUUCUAAAGGUAGUCAUAUGCUGCUUACCCUUGAAUUUGGCCAUAAUUUUUGUUCACCAUGACAUUCUUAUGAAUAUAGAAGCUUUCAUGUUUUUUAUAUACAUAUUACUUGGAUCUGCUUUCUGUGUCCAGUGCAUGAAUCUUUUGGUUUCUUUCUGUUUGGCAGAGCCCCAUUCUGGUUAUUUAGUAGUUUCAAUAUUAUUAUCGUUAGGCGUAGUGACAUAUGUUCGAAUGUUUGAGCUUACACCGGGAAUACUGGAAAAAACAGCUCUUCUGUCUUGGGACUUACAUCCCCACUUCGCACUAAUUCACAACCUGAUGCGAUCUAAUAAGUUCAAUGAUAUCACAGGGCUGUGCAGUGACCAGCAGACAUAUGAGACUAGUGUGCACUUGGAGCAAUGUCAGAGAGAGCCAAACUGUUGCGAUAAAAGCGCACGGGAUUUCAAGAUAUUUUAUUCAUUUAUGAGCACAUAUCUUUUGAUACUGGUGGUGUGGAUCUUGAUUUAUAUAUGCUUUCAUUUACAAAGGGUCAAACGUGAGCCGCGCCGACAAAACGGUCUUUGGAACUUUAAUUCAGACAGUCAGUAUGACCAAAAUGUGUUACACGUUGGUCAGCGAAAGGAGCUAGACAUCACCUGGAUUCAUGAAAAGUCUCGAACACGUACUCUAGAACGGCAAUCCAUUAAGGCCAAGCCGAUACAUGUACAAAAUCUAGGAGUUUUCUUUGGACUCAACGUUGCGCUCAAGCAUAUAAAUUUCAUGGUCGAAUGGUACCAAAUCUUGUGCGUUUGUGGAAAAAAUGGAGCUGGAAAAACAGUGUUGAUAAAAGCACUUCUAGGCAGUUACUUCCACCAGACAGGCAAUAUAAGUGGCUUUAUUAACCAGCCCAGCCAAGAGGAAAACUGUAUUCAUGCCACUUUUAGGGCUCAGUUUGAUGAAAUGGUGAAUCCGCUGACGGUAUUAGAAUCCAUUGAAAUGGUGCUGCAAAUUCGUGGGCUAUUGCAUUUAAAUCUGAAAAACGUGGCACUGGCCUUGUGCAGGAUCUUCGACAUAUACAAUUUUCGGCUAUUUCCUAUUGCCUCAUGCAGUCUUGGUGUACAACAGCGUCUUCGUAACGCCAUAGCUCUAUCUGGUUAUGCUGAUUUAGUCUUGCUGGAUGACCCUUUCUACCACCUGGAUGUAGUCAGCAAACACAACAUUCUGAAUUUAAUGGAAGCCUUGUGUAGGCAAGGCUAUUCAGUGGUCUACACUUGCUCCAAUACAGUUGAUUGCCAAACUACUCCCCGUAUUGCUACACUUAACGGCUCCAGUAUCAGCGCCUUUGGUGAGAGGCAGGAGCUGAUGGGCAAGAAUUCCAAUUACUACGUCAUUGAAGCUCAAAUCGAUAUUCUUAAGCUUACAGAUCGAACAUCUCUUACGGAAGUACUUUACCAGACGUUUACUGACGUUGACGGAAGUAUCCAGACUAGGGUAAAAGAGGUACAGGAGCAGAAUGAUAAGAGUAAAUUUAAUCUCAAGCCUGAGAUGGGGCAUACAGAGAUUCCUUCUAUUCAUUUUAUGAUGUGUCGUCUAAUUGAAAAAUUGUUUCCACAUGCAAUUGUUAAAACAGCAAGUUUUCACACGACGUGCUUCUGGUUAUCGAAUAAUUUGUACUCUUUUUCGCACAUACUUAAAACGCUGGAGAAGUACAAACAAAUUUUUUACUCUUUCUCAAUUGCUCCACCAGCUGUAAGCUCCACAUAA